AGCCCCAGAGAGACAUGGACAUGUUGUGACUCCAGCCCUAGUACACAAUGGGAAUCUAUUUCUGUAAAGCACAUAAGGUUAUCUCUCCACUUCAACUGAGCUCUCUCUCCCUCCAUCUCUUUAUCUAGCCACUCGCACAAAUCAUGGCUGACAGAAACAGCCGGUUGGGCGUUAAGAAGAAGGAGAAGAAGGUGGAAAACAAAGCAAACGUGGAAAAGGGGAACGGAAAAGAAAAGGCGAAGGAGAAGGAGAAGGAGAAGGAGAAAACUCUGAAAAAGCCUGAAAAAGUUGUGAAGAAGCCCGCAACAGAUCUUAAAACAGAAGAGGAGAAAACAAAUGGAGAGACUGGAGAGACUGGAGAGAGUGGAGAGAGUGGAGCGGCAACAGGAGCGGAGGCAAAGAACAGUGAAGAGAAUGGAGACUAUCAGCCCAUUGAACUGCCACCAUUUGAGAUUGUCACAGGGGAACAGAUGAGCCCGUUCUACUUCAAGUUUCAGUUCAGGAAUGUUGAGUACUCGUCAGGGAGGAACAAAACCCUGCUGUGCUUUAGAGUGGAUACACCAGGAGGCAGCAGCGAGCCUCUGAAAGGCUAUAUGGAGGAUGAACAUGCCACAGCGCAUGCUGAGGAGGCAUUCUUUCAACAAGUGCUCCCUAACUCUUCCCAAGAGUAUGAAGUCACAUGGUAUGUGUCAUCCAGUCCCUGUGUGUCCUGUGCAGCCAAGUUGGCCAACAUCCUGAAGCAGCGUACAAAGGUCCGUCUCUGCAUAUUCUGCUCUCGUCUCUUUGACUGGGAGGAGCCAGAGAUAGUGGAAGGGCUCAGGGCUCUGGUGAGUGCUGGCUGCAAACUGAGGAUGAUGAAGCCGUCUGACUUCCUACAAGUUUGGGAGAUGUAUGUUGAGAAGGAGGACCAGAGCUUUGAACCCUGGGAGGAUUGCCAGGAGAACUACAGCUACUAUGUGGAGAAACUGGCUGAAAUCCUCAAGUAGAGGUGCAUCAGUGAAUAUGAUCAAGACAAGAUCUCACCACUGACUGAACCACCUCGUGCUUUCUGCAGUCAGACCGAAUGGUGCAGAUUAAUAUUAGUUUGAAUGAACACUCACUGCAACAUUUUUGUAUUUUUUUUUAUUUUGAUAACUUCAUAAAGAGGCACUAAAUGUUUGAAAGGCAUUUCUGUACUAAAGAUAAAUAUCAUACAAUGGUCACUAAACUUUGAACAAGACUAAUAUUUACUAACAUCUGUUGUUUCUUCCAAUAAUUAAAACAUGUUCUAAAG